UAUCACGCCUUUUCGGGGUCUUUAAGUGUAGUGCUGAACAUCAAGAACUAGAGACAACAACGAGACAAGUAGCUGUAGCUUCUAAAAGUCCCCUCCCCCUUUUCAUUAAUUAGAGUUGGUCGGACUAAAUUGUUUUAUACCAAUGAGUUCAGCUUCUUUUUUCCAAAACUCAUUUGGUUCUUCUGACUGCGGGUCCCUGAAGAUCCCAGUGGAGCACCUGGAAUAUGAUUACAUAGAUAGGUGCAAAGAUGCCAAAUACCUGGAGAAAAUUCUCAUAUUCCUCAGGUCUGGCAAAGAGGGCAUUUAUCCCCACCUGAUUGACUUCUGUGAGAGCCAACUGGAGAAGCUGAACCCUCGGAGCCAAGCCCUUCGGAAGGAAACCCCCGUGGCCACAUCCUCUCACCUCCCAGCAGAUGAGUGGAGUCACAUUGAGGAUGAGUUAAGGAUUUGGCAAGAUGAAACCAAAAUGAUGGAGACUUGCCUUAAAAGGGAGUUCAUGUUUGAGGAUGUUAUUGGGCAAAAUAUGCCACCUGUGAGAGGGUCCAAUAACUCUGUGCCACACAGUGGGAAGUCAACUCGUAAACAAAAGCGUAUCCAGCCACGAGAUUAUCGAGAAUGGGACAAAUUUGAUGUUGAGGAGGAAUGUCAGAAAAUUGAUGGCAAUGUUACUAAAAGUGAUCAGCCUUCCAUUACAAAUGCACACCCCACAACAAAAGUGGUCCCUUCAACGCUAACAACAGAGGUGAGAAACCUUCUGGCUAAGCGUGAAAAAGACAAAGGAAAUGAAGCAUUCAGAGCAAAUGAUUAUGAAGAGGCAGUUGUUUACUACACCAGAAGCCUGUCCAUCAUGCCCACAGUGGGUGCAUACAAUAACAGAGCCCAGGCAGGAAUCAAGCUGAAGCAAUGGGACAGGGCAAUGAAUGACUGCCACAGCGUAUUGGACCUAGAGCCCUGCAACGUGAAAGCUUUGCUACGUCGUGCUGCUGUUCACAAUGAAAUGGGGAACUUCAAAAUGGCUGUUGAAGACCUGACAAUGGUGCUGAAACAAGAGCCAGAGAAUGUUCCGGCCAUUCAACUUCUGUCUGGAACGACAAAGAAGAUGACAGAUGUGCGACAGGGGAAAGCGAGAAAAGGCCGCAAAAUCAUCAUCCAGGAGAAGGAGGGGGAUUUCCAAGACGCAAAAUCGGAGCACGCUGAUUGUCCGAUUGAACCCAGCCAGCUUGUGGGAGGGGACGGGUGCUCGGCUGCGGCUGCUGCGGAGAGGGGAGACAUGGGUAACGCGCAAAAGAGGCCCCACGGCAAAGGGGACGGGGUCCCGCACAACGAGUCCUCCAAUUCCUAUCACGGAAACUGGAAGGGCAAAGGCGGCAGCUCAGACAAGUACAAAGUCCCGCAAGACGGCAAGGAAAAGGUGGCGAACGGAACAGUCAAGAGGGGCUCGACGGUGUCAGCUCUCGCCGAUGGGGGCCGUAGCAGUGGCAAGGAGACGACAGCGGCCACAAAUGUUGGAGAAGUUGUCAAUCUUGAUGCACCAUCUGGAGCCCUCCCCUUACCUCUAGCCCACUUAAAGAAUGAAGGAAACCUGCUGUUUAAGAAUGGACAGUUUGGUGAUGCGCUGGAAAAAUACUCCGAAGCCAUUCAAGGCUAUAGUGAUGCAGGUAUCGAUAGUCCAGAUGAUCUGUGUAUUCUGUACGCGAACAGAGCAGCUUGCUACCUGAAGGAUGGUAACAGUCAAGACUGCAUACAGGACUGCACGCGAGCCCUGGAGCUCCAGCCAUUCUCCCUCAAGCCCCUCCUGCGCCGGGCCAUGGCUUAUGAGUCCCUAGAGCGCUACCGCAAGGCCUAUGUGGAUUACAAGACUGUUCUGCAGAUCGACGUCAGCGUGCAGGCAGCACAUGACAGUGUCAACAGAAUCACCCGCUUGCUGAUUGAGCAGGACGGUGCGGACUGGAGAGAGAAACUCCCAGAUAUUCCUUUGGUUCCUCUUUCUGCUCAGCAGCACCGCAGAGAGGAGCCACCCAGCGCUGAGGUCCUCAGGGCUCGGACUGAGAAGGCUGCCAAGAAUGCAGAAAGGAAAGCAGGAGUUCGUUUUGCAGAGUUGAAGCAAGAUGGGAAUGAGUUUGUGAAAAAGGGCCAAUACCAGGAUGCCCUGGGAAAGUAUUCAGACUGCCUUAAGAUAAACCCAGACGAAUGCGCUAUCUACACCAACAGAGCACUGUGCUACUUGAAGCUUGAGAGGUUUACUGAGGCCAAGGAAGACUGUGACGCAGCACUUAAACUGGAGCCAAGCAAUAAGAAGGCCUUCUACAGACGGGCGAUGGCCAAUAAAGGGCUUAAGGACUACCUGAGAUGCAGCACAGAUCUCCAGGAGGUGCUGCGGCAGGAUCCCACUGUCCAAGAGGCAGAGAAGGAGUUGGAGGAGGUAACAAUUCUACUCAAGCAAAGUCUCGUCCACGAAUCACAAGCUAAAUCCAGGAAGAUCAUCCCCAUUACAGAGGUGGAUAGUGAUCAGGAAACGUCAACUGCUGCGAACUAUGACAGCUGCUUCAGAGAAGAGCUGAGCAGCAAAUCCCAACCAAACAAUGCAUACGAGUUUGGCCAAGCUUUAAACAACGCCUGCAGCAGUGGAGACAUGGCAGCUUGUGCCGACAUGUUAGCUUCAACGGCUCCGGAGAUGCUUCCGCAGUUUUUGAGCACUCAGCUCAACGGGCAGACAAUUAGCUUCAUUGCGAAAGUGCUGGACUCGCACCUCCUGGAGAAGGACCCAAACCUAGUUUACAGACAUCUCAGUCAUCUUCAUACUGCUGACAGGUUCUCGGUGGUACUCAUGCUGUUGGAGAAGGAUGAGCGUCACCAUGUGAGCCAAUUGUUUGAGCACCUGUCAUCUGCUGACAGCACAGAGUUCACCAAGACUGACGUUCAGAACCUGGCCAACAACUACAUCUAAGCCGCCUGCGAUCGGCAUCAUCCCCUGCUCACCUCGAACCGCACGAGCAACUCUUGUUCUUCUUCUUCUUGGAUCUAUGCAAAACUCAAAAGAUGCAGGCUGUUGUACAAUGUGUCCCUGACUGUAAAUGUUCUGUGCUGUAAAUGAUCUGACAUUAGAUAGUAUUUUUAAAGUGAUUGUACAAGGAAUAUAUAUUUUCUUUGGAAACAAUUUUGCUAUGGAGAAUUACUUUUGUAUUACUCUUCACUAUUUAUGUACAAAAGGCACAGUACUAUGGACCUUGUGUGUACUGGUCAAUUGGACCCAAGAUGAGCCAAAUUUUCUUAGUACCACAUCGUAGCCCAAUACUUUAAUAUCAGAAUGUUGAUGAAUGAGCUGCUGAUAUUCAGUGCAUGGGGACUUUCAUUUCAGGGAAUUUUGAGCUAUUUAAGACUUUCCUUGCUUUUGGGAGAAUAAAUUUCUACUCUGCAGCCCCGUGGCUCAGCUGAAAAACGUUGGCCUAACAGUUCUGUGGUCCCGGGUUCAAUCCCGGACCCCGCCGCUGUGGAGUUUGCAUGUUCUCCCCGUGUCUUUGUGGGUUUUCUCCAGGCACUCCAGUUUCCUCCCACAUCCCAAAAAGAUGCAACAUUAAUAGGACACUCUUAAUUGCCCGUAGGUGUGAUUGUGGCUGUCUCUCUGCCCUGUGAUUGGCUGGCAACCAGUUCAGGGUUUACCCCGCCUCGUGUGAUGACAGCUGCUAUCGGGUCCAGCACUCCCCACGACCCUUGUGAGGAUAAGCGACCAAGAUGGAUGGAUGGAUACAGUAGUUUUGAAGACAUCUACAAGAUCUCUUAGCAAUGUUUAGCCCAGCAAUGUAAGAAUACCAGUGGAGCUACUGAAAAUACAACUUGAAAUUUCAAACCAUGAUCUGAUGGUCUUUUUUUUUUUAAAGUAGCCUUUGAUAGUGAAGUGGUUUAUAUAGUCUGCUUUUCACAAUUAGCCUGUGUUGGACUGGCGAGCAGUCAACGUAGUUUGCAGUGAUGGAUAUGUAGUUCUUUGUUGGUUGUGAUGGCUCAAGUUCCUACUGUGUACCUGAAUGGAAUAAUUGCCACAGAAAGGAACGGACAUCAUUUUUUUUAACACUGAAAAGGAUUAAAAAAAAAAAAACUUGUCAGAAUAAAUACGUGCUAAAAAACAUCUAAAAAUCUAUUUCCAAGUUUUUCCACACAUUAGUUACAUUUGAGCAGCUUGGAAGAUGGAUGUUUAAAAAUGUAUUACCAACAGCUUUACUACAAAUGUCCACAAAAGCAAACGUACCUACCCCUAUUCUCUGCACUCUACUUUCAC